UGGUCUGUGAGCUGAGUUGUCAAGGCUGUCAAAAAGUUGGCAAAUGGUUUGGUAAAUCGUCCAUCUGUUUUAUUUUGUUUCAAUCUAUUUUCAUAACUCGAAUCAUACCUUGUCUACGCGAAUUAAUAUAAUAUUCACUGUGAUUUAAAAUUUCAAUUCAUAACAUCACCCAAAUAUUGAACUAGUUCUAUAAUAGUGAUUUCUAAUACUUACAAUUCUCUAGGAUAAUGGUUUCUCAAAUUUAAUUUCAUUCUCUUUUGUUAAACUGUGUAAUUAGGAAAGGCAAUUUUGUUUUAAAACAUAAGACUAGAACACUAAGGUCUACGCGCACAGCGGUACCAGAACAGCGGUAUUGUGAUGACAUAAUGGUGUGAUUUUUUAAUUGUGAAAAUCGUUAGACAACCUUCACGAUAAUGGAACAGAAUAUGGAUUCGCCGACUGCUGCAAGCCCCCUGCCGGAGGCCGAGGGUCAGGAGAAUGAGACUGACUACUCAAGCAUCAGGGGGAAGAUGAUAUUGGUGAGCCCCACCGCGGAUGAAUAUGACCUGCUGCGCAAGCACCUGCUGGAGAGGCUAGACACAGGCAAUGGAGAGGUCAUCUAUGACAUAGGACACGGAGAGGAUGGCAGAGGCCUGACAGAGGACGAGUACAGCGCGUCAGUGGCGACGCUUCAGUCGCUAGUCAGCGGCGAGCGCAUAUCGUGCGUGGAGCUGCGCCGCUGGGACUGCGGCACCGGCCUCACGGGCCAGUACUUGCUGCGGACCGAGCUCGACCAUAACGACUUCAUGGAGAUCAGGGUGGCAGUAGUAGGCAACGUGGACGCGGGCAAGUCCACGCUGCUGGGCGUGCUGACUCACGGCGAGCUGGACAACGGGCGCGGCUACGCGCGGCAGAGGCUGUUCCGACACAAGCACGAGGCCGAGAGCGGCCGCACCAGCUCCGUGGGCAAUGACAUCCUGGGCUUCGACAGCAUGGGCAACGUGGUAAACAAGCCAGAGCACGGCGCGCUGGACUGGGUGAAGAUCUGCGAGAAGUCGUCCAAGGUCAUCACGUUCAUAGACCUGGCGGGCCACGAGCGGUACCUCAAGACCACCGUGUUCGGCAUGACGGGCCACGCGCCGGACUUCGGCAUGCUAAUGAUUGGUGCCAAUGCUGGUAUAGUGGGCAUGACUAAGGAGCACUUAGGCCUGGCGCUGGCGCUGGCCGUGCCCGUGUUCGUGGUGGUCACCAAGAUCGACAUGUGCCCGCCCAACGUGCUGCAGGAUAACCUGAAGCUGUUAAUCAGGAUCCUGAAGUCGUCCGGGUGUCGCAAGGUGCCGGUCAUGGUGAAGACCAAGGACGACGUCAUCGUGAGCGCUACAAACUUCGUUUCUCAGAGGCUAUGUCCAAUCUUCCAAGUGUCGAACGUGACGGGUGACAACCUGGAGCUGCUCACGAUGUUCCUCAACCUGCUGAAGACGAGGAUGCCAUCGCAGGACGACAAGCCCGCUGAGUUCCAGAUAGAUGACACCUACUCUGUGCCGGGUGUGGGAACAGUAGUGUCUGGCACCACCCUGGCAGGCGUGAUCCGUCUCAACGACACGUUGCUACUGGGCCCCGACCCGCUGGGCCGCUUCACGCCAAUCACCGUCAAGAGCAUCCAUCGCAAGCGCAUGAGCGUGGCCGAAGUGCGCGGUGGCCAGACUGCCAGCUUCGCGCUAAAGAAGAUCAAGCGGUCGCAGAUCCGCAAGGGCAUGGUGAUGGUGUCGCCCGCGCUCAACCCGCAGGCGUGCUGGCAGUUCGAGGGCGAGAUCCUGGUGCUGCACCACCCCACCACCAUCUCCUCGCGCUACCAGGCCAUGGUGCACUGCGGCAGCAUCCGGCAGACGGCGUCGAUUCUGUCGAUGUCGCGCGAGUGUCUGCGCACGGGGGACAAGGCGCUCGUGCGGUUCCGCUUCAUCAAGCACCCCGAGUAUCUCAAGCGAGGACAGCGCAUGGUGUUCCGCGAGGGCCGCACCAAGGCGGUGGGCAACGUGCUGCGGCCCGAGCCCGCGGCCACGGGUGCGCGCGCCGCCCCCGCGCGCCACACCGCGCGCGCCGCGCACUCCUCCGCCGACCACCGCUCCACCCAACACACGCAGCAACAGCAGCAACAAACUACAGAGAGUGACGUCACAGCAGUGGACUCCCCGUUCGAGGUGCAAGCCGACAAGCGAGCCGCCGCGCGCCGCCGCAAGCGGCACGACAAGCCGCCGCCCGCGCCGCAGCCCGCGCUCGCCGCCAACUAGACACACAGCACACACACCCUCAAACAUACACAAACACACACACACAUACACAACCUCAGACCCAAGGAAACUAGAGAAGUUUCCACGUUUCAUUAAACGAGCGCCACACCAAUUCGCCGCCCCAACACCAUCCCGUGCUCACCGCCAACACUAGAUCAUACAUACCGGCUUAGACACACAGACAGACAUUGGACUGAGACUCACACGCACACACAAAGGCAUAUAUAUGUAGACAAAAUUGCAGGAGAAAAUUAACUUGAAAAUGUGCUCACAACUAGACAUACACACACAUUACGCAGAUCACUAUAGGUACCUAGUUACAUUACAAUACUUAAUAAGAGUAUAGUUGUAAUAAUUUUCAAUCGAAACUUUUACAAAUUAACGCUGACAAAUUUUUUCUCGAGACAUGGCGCAGAUUAGUAUGGGAAUUAGGACAUUUACAAAAGUAAAAGCCGAGCGUCAAGUAGGUUAUUUAUCUUAAAAAUUUGGUAAAAUUCUAUGUCUAUUUAAAUACAUAUUCUAAAUAGUUUAACAAUGAUGAUAUUUAAAGGACGUUUUCAACCUAAAAAAUAGGUUUUUUUUAAAUAUUUAAAAGAAUUAUAACUUCUGUACUUUGAAUUGUAUAAAAAUAUUUCGACUUAAAACGUAAAAAAAAAAUUAAUUAAGUUUUUAAAUAAAAAAUUUCACGAUUAUUCGUCCAAUUGGAACCUAGUGAUAGAAUAUUUUUCAUACUAGGUGGAAUGGUUCAACAUAGCUAUAUUAUGAUGUUGGAUACCUUAAUCACUGACUAGGGAAACCUUAAUAACAAUUCUAUUGUACAUAAAACUAAUUUGACAGCAACAGAUAAAGCCAUAUCAUUUUCAUACAUAAGUUAACAGAAAGGGAUAGCUACUUUUUAUACUUGUCAUUUUAAAAGUUUUAUGUGCAAAGACUUGGUAUCAGAAAUGUGGAUUUAUUAGUAGACCAAACAAGUUAACGCUCCCCACACUGUCAAAUGGGGAUAAUGCCUAUGUCAAAAAUAAAUCAUUUCUUGGUAAUUAUUAAAUAGAGUGUCUUCCAAAAUUCGUGAAAUCCUCAUUCAAUGCUAGUUAUAAAUUUGCUAAUCAUUUUAAACUAUCGAUUUAACUUAAAAAGUACGUUAAAUUACGUCAAAUGUUAUGACGUCACAUCUGUGAAUUUCAUACAAGCUCCCUUACUAAGCGAGUGUUUUGACGUUUGAUAAAAAGUCGCUGAUUUGACUAGUAGUCAUCAUCCCUAUUCUCUUCAGAUACUUCGAACAGACCGAACAUUGCUUGGCCUCUACUCUCUUUGGGUAAACAGACACCGAGCAUUGUUUAAUCUCUACUCUCUAUGGGUAAACAGAGACAGAGCAUUACUUGGUCUCUACUCUCUUUGAGUAAAUAGAGAUAAAGCAUUGCUUGGUUUCUGUUCUCCUUGGAUAAACAGAAACAAGGCAUUGUUUGAUCUCUACUCUCUUUGGGUAAACAGAGACCAAGCAAUGUUCGGUUCCUGGUUCUCCAAAGAGAGUUUUACAGAGUGGGGAUAGAGUGAAUGAUUAACUUGUUUGGUCCUGAAAGGUACUAUAAUAUUAUGUAUUCUUUGGUUUGCUUUAAAUUCACCUUAUAGUGGAAUUUGUCUUUCACUGAAACACAAGUACAAAUUCAAGUUAUAAGUGUUUGUAGACUAAUCAUCUUCUACCAGCAUAAUGUAUAAAAAGAACAUGUCAUUACAGAUAGCCAAAAACAUGUAAAAUAUACUUACAUAUAUAAUUUUGUAAAUGGAAGUCAGGAAAAUAGUAGUAAUCUAAGUCAGCCAUUGAUAUAUAGCAAAAAAUAAUAGGUAAAAUAUCAGUGAAACAGUAUACCUAUAAGAUUACUUUUUGGGGAAGAAAAUUAUAAUUUUAUUUGGUUGAAAGAUUUUAUUGAAUCAGAGGAUAAAAAAGUUUUUGUUUGGUUUUGAUCUUUAUAAUGUGUUGAAAAUUAUUGUGUGCACUACAUGGUAAGUAGUGUUUAAAAAAGUAAUUUUCUUUUUUUUAGUAAGUGUAAGGUUGAGAUCUAUAGAGCGCACUUCGACUUUGUUCAGACUUAAGACACUAAAAAUGAGACAGAGUUAUAUCGCUGACAUAAAUCUGUCUCUUUUUGACUGAAAAUUAAGUCUUAGCAAAGUAUGCUGUAUAGUUAGGAGCCUAAGAUAGGAGAAAGUACCUACUAUGAAAGUGUAAUAAAAUUAAGAUAAAACAUUUUGGUACAUAGAUUGUAUGUUUACUGUAUAUCUGAUUGGUUUGUACUAUAUUCCACAUAGUGUUGCUAGUGUCUUAAUCCUUACCCUUGGCUCAUUGUCCAUAUCAUCUACAGUAUUCACUUUCGGUACCAUUGUAAUGUGAUUUCUAGUAUAAGAGGAUAUUUUUAUUGUUUUUUGAGAAAUAAAACUAGCUGGAAGUGUAAAA